AUGGAGAUGAUCACGAAGAUGGUGUUGGAGAGACCGGUGGUGAUAUACAGCAAAAGCUCAUGUUGUAUGUCUCACACGAUCAAGACUUUGCUCUGCGAUUUCGGAGCUAAUCCAGCGGUUUACGAGCUCGAUGAGGUGUCAAGAGGGAGGGAGAUUGAGCAGGCGCUGUUGCGGCUAGGUUGUAGUCCGGCGGUUCCAGCUAUAUUUAUCGGAGGAGAGUUGGUCGGUGGAGCCAAUGAGGUCAUGAGUCUACACCUUAACGGAUCAUUGAUCCCUAUGCUUAAGCGUGCCGGUGCAUUGUGGGUCUAA